AUGCCGCGAAUGCCGUCGUCGCAAAGGACGUUGCGACGGCCGGAUGCCAGUGUGUUCAGUCUGCCAGCGCUACAAUCGACAUUGCACUUGACAGAGGUUGAAGAGCGGCUGGAGAAAGCGGAAGCCUUGUUGAAGACUUUCUUUACCGAAGCUGAACUGUCGCAAAUGCUUGUUCAUGGCAUCACCAACAAGCUUGAUGUCCCACCCAAGGCUGCAGCCCAGUCGACGACCGAAAACUCUUCGCAGGCGGCCGCAUCAGGCUUUCCGCGAGCUACCUCAACCCCUUUACCAGCACAAGGUUCUGCACAGCGCCAACAAGAGCGUACCCAAUCCUUCUCCACAACUGGUGCUGAGCCGGAUCAGAAGGUCAACCUCAGCCAUCUUGAGUCUCCUAUCGAUUCAAAGACCGAUGUGGCUGACGACACCCCUUUUCCAUUGGAAAAUCCCCCGGCAGCUGACGACGAUUUCGAAUGGGAUGAGCGGGAAUCUCCUUGGAACAUUACGAAUCCCGGUGCCGGGCCUUCAGCUUUCGGUGGUGACAUCGACGCCGAGGUGCCAAAAAUCACGGACGGAAUGGCCACAUUGACUGCUGAUGAUUCAAAUGCCGGCUUCCUCGGAUCAGUCUCAGGCUCAGCACUCCUGCGGCUCAUAUGGAUGGGCACAGACACCGACAACAAGGCAGAUCCCAAAAGCGAACGACGUGAAAGUUUAGAGCAACUCUUUAACCAUCGCUCAAAUGAAUAUCCGGCAACCUCUGCUCCAUGGCUCCGAGCACAGCCUCUGUUCACUCGAGCGGUAGUCGACACCCUCAUCGAUGCCUACUUUGCUCUCUACCACCCGACCUUCCCGAUCCUCCACGAGAAUACCUUUCGCGAACAGUAUGCGAAGCUCAACAGCCGCACUACCGGCAGCACAUGGCACACUCUUGCUAACCUCGUUGCGGCUCUCGGCUCCUUUGUAUCGAGUACCUGCUCCGAUGAUACCCACGUCACUCUUUUCAAUGGUGUGAAAGCGAAUUUGUCGAUCAACUCUCUAGAGACUGGAAGUCUUAGUCUCGUCCAGGCGUUUGCAAUGGCUGCAAACUACCUGCAAAAGAGAAACAGACCAAAUAGUGGCUACAACUACGGAGGAAUUGCGCUACGGCUCGCAAUAUCGCUGGGUCUCCACAAGGAGUUUCGUGGAUGGCAGACUGCGCCAUUCAAAAAGGAAAUACGGAGGAGGGUAUGGUGGUCGCUCUGUGUGCUGGAUGUGGGCGCAACCGUGACCUACGGCAGGCCUUUAAAUUGGCCUCAGGUAGGAGUCGAUAUCCCGUUUCCGCUGAAUAUCCACGAGAAGGACCUUCACAUGGACUCUACAUCAUACCCUCCCGAGGUUAAUGAGCCUACAAUCUACACAUACGUCCGAACUCAGUCAUCCUACCAUCUCCAUACCAUCAGAAUCUACAACCGCCUCAUCUCCAAUCCCAUCCCCUCUGCUGCAGAGCUGCUCUCCCUCGACGACGAGCUAAUAGAAGGCUGGCUCAGUAGUCUUCCACCCUAUUUCGGCGAUGACAACUUACCGCUUCCUAACCAGUAUCUACUUGGCCAUGCUAUCAGCCGAUGGCGCUUUCGAAUCAUGCGUAUCAUUAUGUACCGUCCAUUCCUAAUUCGAUGGGCACAGGACGGCCUGGACAGCGCAACAUCAGCCCCUAUAUCACCGGCGGAAAAUGCGCCUGCGGAGACAAUUGCAACCAAUCGGUGCUUCAAGGCUGCCGAGGAAUGUAUUUUGGCCAUUUUCGAGUUUUGGUCUUCUGCAACUCACACCAGGCUCGCGGCUUGGUACGUCCUAUAUUUCCUUCUACAGGCAGCUUUGAUACCGAUACACUGUCUACGGCGCAACCCCGGUCACUUAAACGCUAGCUCGUGGAGGAAUCAAAUCCUGACGGCCCUGAGCAUAAUCAACGCAAUGAAUGAUCUCAAUCCAAGCGCUCCGAAGUGUCGAGAUAUCAUCCACCGACUUUGUGGAGAGGCCCUCGACUACAAACCUCGGACACAGUCACAACAAUCACGCCCGCAGUCUCACACGCAGACCCAGCAAGAGACAGCCAAUUCUUGGACCGCCUUUCCCAACACCGAUUCUAGCUACAGCAGUGCGCCCUUCUCCUUCUCCUACCCAGAUUCUACUGACACAGGCAUGAACCCCUGGAUGACCGAAAUCGACACUGCCAUCGAUGGAUACGACAUCUACUGCGACCGUCUUAGUCAUGCGGCUAUGGCUGGGAUGGGUCGUCUGGGCAGCGCUGGUGAAGCCGGCCCGCCAGGAGGCUUUGCGAGUAAUGAUGGCACACAGAUUGGAACCGGUGUGCAGGACUGGGAUUGGGGCUUGAUGCUGUGA